UCAGUCAAAAUGAAAAGCUUUUGGAGUCUGUUCAUAUUUCUCCUUUUUUGGAGUCCAAUUAUGGGCGAUAACUCCGGCGAAAAUAAUAGUGUGUAUAGUUCAAUCGCGGGACUUUUAAAACUUUUAGAAAUGGAGGAAAUCUUCAUAACGAAUAUUAAGGCAUAUACCAAUAAAUUGACCGAAAAAGUUAAAAAUCUCCAAGCUUAUAUUGACUCGGUUGACUACGAAUUCCAACAAAGUUUUGAAGAUCGAGAGAAAUAUGUCGGUAAUCCCAUUAAUGCAUUUAGUCUAGUGAGACGGACACAUGAAGAUCUACCAAAAUGGCACAACUAUUCACAGCAGAUCGUAGGAAUUGAGGAACUGUUUGCCUUGGAAGAAAUUAUAGCUAAGGUACCGGAUAACAAGGAUAUGGAAUAUUCCCUGGGAAAAAUGCACCGACUUGAACAGAUUUACGAUUUGGAAGCCAUUGAGUUGGCAAGAGGUCGUAUUCAGGGCAAGCAAUAUGACUUUCGGCCUUCUAUUCGGGAUUGCGUUGCUUUGGGCGAGCACAAAUUUAAAAGGGAGGACUACCAACGGGCUUCUAUGUGGUUUCGCGUGGCCAUCAAACAUGAGCCCGAAGGAAAUGUCGAGAUUAAAAACAAUAUUCUUGGAGAUCCCAAGGUUAAUUUGUAUACACUGUACGCCAAAUCAAUGCUCAUAUUCGGUAUGAUCAAGUCAAAUCCUUCCAUGACAAUCACAGAAGCUAAAAAAAUAUCUUACGAAGCUCUGAGUAAGGCGAGCCUAGCAGAUGUAAAAUCUCUUUUAAAUGAGUUGCUAAGUCAAACUGACGAUGAAAUUGUUUACGAAAUGAAUGUUAACAAGACAAAACCCUCAGACUACGAAAUUGGAUGUCGUGGCCAGUUUCUUAGGCGUAGGAAUCAUGUUUGCAGCUAUAAUUUCACCAUAACAGAAUUCUUGAGACUAGCUCCCCUAAAACAAGAAGUUUUAAAUUUGGAUCCUUACAUUGUCAUAUACCACAAUAUUCUGAAUGACGAUGAGAUCGAUAAGCUCAAACAGCACUCGAAUGAUAAUACCGCAGAGAUAGUCAAACCUAUUGAAAAACGCAUAUUUCAACGCAUAAACGAAUUGAAAGGACUUAGUUUUCUAAAUUCAGAUCAACUUAUAGUAUCCAAAAACGGUCCUGGAACGCAAAAUCAUAUAAAGGAAUAUUCAAAAGGAACAUUCCUAUUUUUUCUUGACAAUGUGGACCUCGGUGGUGCGACGGUUUUUCCAAAGUUGAAAAUAUCCGUCUUUCCUCAAAAGGGCAGCUGUCUCAUUUGGUAUAAUACACCUGAUCCCCGCAGUGAGCCUUUGGAAUGCCCAGUACUACAAGGAAAUAAAUGGGUUAUCACCUAAAACGUGCAUACAAUGGACGACAUAUGAAGUACAAGAACGCAAAGAGUAACCAAUAGUUUUAAAUAAUUUUAGACCUAACUUUAAAUA